CCUCCUCCUCCUCUUCUUCCUCGGUGCGGCUCUUUCCCGUUCGAACUUUUCGGCCGGCAGGAAGCCGGUAACGGGGCGCGAGAGGUUCCUUCGCCUCUUGCGCGGUCCCAGCCGCGGCGAGGGACCCUGACAGCAAGUGCUGCCGGUAUGAGGAAUACAAAUAAAGAGCCUCGUGGACCCUCAAACCGAUAUGCACCGUGUGGCAAGUACACUGUUUAUGCUUGUACAUAUGUGUUGUUUCUCAUGUAAAGACUGGUACUAUCACAUACCGCUGAAGCGGACAGAGGAGCCUGCUAAUUCUGAAGUUCCACCACAACCAGCAUCCCAAAUCCCAGGUCUCGGUGAUUUAGGAGAUUCUCACAGUGAGAUUACCUUUGGGGGGCGAAGGAAAUGGAUCAAAGACACUGAUUCAGAAUAUGUAAAGUUGGCAAAGCAAGGAGGACGACCUGAUUUACUGAGACAUUUUACACCUACCCCACGAAAAGUGCCCAUGGCGACUUAUGGUGCACCAGACUGGUACACGCAUCAUGGUAAACCACCAGGAGCUGAUGAGUCUAAGACUCGUGUUUCAGCUAUGCCAGACUACAUGGUCCAUGAGGAGUUUAAGGUUGAACAGCCUGCCAGCUAUGAGCCUAAAAGGGGGCCUUUUGAUUUUGAUAUGAAAAGUGUUUGGCAAAGGGAUGCUGAGGACAAAGAGAACAAAGAUAAAAGAGAGGAAAAUGGAAUACAAAUUGAAGGCUCUCCGGGCGGCAUGAAAGAAGAGAUAAAGCUUCCUGCUAUAACACCAAGAUACCCACACAGAACUCCACAGCCUAUUGCAGCAAAAGAAUUCCAUGGAGGAAAUAGACUUUACUUCCCUCCAAUGCCUGCUCACAAAAAAAAUGAACCGGUAAACUUCAGUAAACUGAUCAGCAGUGGUUAUGGGGAUGAGUGGCUUCAGCAGCGCGAUGAGUGGGAUAAAAAGAAUGCCCAGCCUAAUGAUUCUCUUCUUCCAAGUGAGUACCAGAAGAAAAUAGAAAAGAGGCAGAAAGCUAGGAAACAUACAUUGUCAUACAAAAGAAAACCUAGAUCUCAAUCUGGACUUGAAAUGGGUGCCCAGCCUAAGAAGCCACUCUUCAACCUCAGAAUAUUCAGAGACAUCCCAGCCAGAAUCAACACAAACAGACAAUGAGUAAAAGCUGAUACUCCAUAGAAUUACCACAAAUUCUAUUGCUAUUUCAAAACUACUGAGUGCAGAAAACUAUAAUACAGCUUAGGAAGCAGGUUUCUAUAUUUAUGUGCUGCUGUGUUAGAUUAUGUGAGUCUAACCAAGAUAUUUAAGCCAUGGGCCAUUUAUCCUUGUUGAGUUUUCUGUUUGUUUCAGUAAGUUUGCAACUGAAACAAAUUUGGUCCAGUAAUCUGUUCCAGCAAGUUUUUAAAUUCUGGUUGCUUGCUUCUGAUGUUAUAUGCCUCAGUCUGUAUUUUAAGAUACUGUCUGCUUUGGAUGCCAGUUACCACCAGUUUCUGCUAAGGUUUGCUUUAUAGCCUAGUGCUCUAAAAUUCUACUGGCUUCUUGAGAGCUUGUGCACAGUAGCACCCCUGCAGUCUCAGGACCUCGCUAAUAUAUGCUGUGCUUUGGUUUUGCCCCACUGGAGAGAGUAUAGUGCAACAAAAUAGUGAGACCCAUUGGAGUAACAUCAGCUUUUCAAUGCUAAGCCUUCAAACAGAUUUUAUUUGUUUCCAAGUGUUGAAGGGGGUAAGUAAAAGCCAGAUUCUUGUGAUGUUGGUCCAUACUGAAAGAAUUUUUUUUUUCAAACUGCAAGGCACUGAAAAUAUUCAGAAUUUUGAAUUGUAUUGAUAGUUUAACACCAUUCUUACUUUGUUCUGAUUCAUACCUCACAUCAUAUGAACAUACAUAAAAGCUUGGAUUAUUUUUGAAUAAAUGCAAUUAGAAAGUGGAAA